GGCCCCGGGGCCCCCGAAGGCCCCCGCUGCGCCCGGGCAGGGGCCGAGCCGGGCACGAUGUGAAUGGCGCCGGGGGUGCUCCGCGCGCCCGACAUGGCCGGGGAGAAGCUGAGCCGGCGGCCCGGGCUCUCGCUGCGGGGGGACCGGCCGGACGAGGGUGACGCGGAGCCCCCGGCCGCCUGGCCGGGCUGCGGGCGCCUCCGGCCCUCCUCGUACCGGGCCCUGCGCAGCGCUGUCUCCACCCUGGCCCGCAUCGACGACUUCUACUGCGAGAAGAUCGGAGCCGGCUUCUUCUCCGAGGUCUUCAAGGUGCGGCACCGCCAGUCCGGCCAGAUCAUGGUGCUGAAGAUGAACAAGCUGAUGAGCAACCGGGGGAACAUGCUGCGGGAGGUGCAGCUCAUGAACCGCCUCUCGCACCCCAACAUCCUCAGGUUCAUGGGGGUCUGUGUGCACCAGGGGCAGCUGCACGCGCUCACAGAGUACAUCAACGGCGGGAACCUGGAGCAGCUGCUGGACAGCCCAGUGCCGCUCUCCUGGGCCGUGCGCGUCCGGCUGGCCCUGGACAUGGCCCGCGGCCUGCGCUACCUGCACUCCAAGGGCAUCUUCCACCGCGACCUCACCUCCAAGAACUGCCUGGUGAAGAGUCAGGACAACGGCUACACGGCCGUGGUGGGCGACUUCGGCCUGGCGGAGAAGAUUCCCACCUACAGCGAGGACGCUCAGAAGGAGCCGCUGGCCGUGGUGGGCUCGCCGUACUGGAUGGCCCCGGAGGUGCUGCGUGGGGAGCUGUACAACGAGAAGGCCGACGUCUUCGCCUACGGCAUCAUCCUGUGCGAGACCAUCGCGCGGGUCCCCGCCGACCCGGACUACCUGCCCCGCACCGAGGAUUUUGGGCUGGACGUCGCCGCUUUCUGCAACAUGGUGGGGGACGACUGUCCUGCGGCCUUCCUCCAGCUGGCCUUCCACUGCUGCAGGAUGGAGCCGACGGCCCGACCCGCCUUCGUGGAGAUCACGCAGCGCCUGGAGGGCAUCCUGCAGCCCCAGCUGGGAGUGGGGGGCACCGGCGCCGACCCGCAGAGUGAUGGGGAGAGUGUGCCCUUGCCCGGGACCCCGGCCACGCUGAAUGGCGAGGCAGCCAGCGACUCCGCGCUCCCUGAGCAGCCGUCGCCGCGUGACCUCCAGCCCGACCCCCGCCUCGCCCGCAGCCGCUCGGACCUGUUCCCGCCCAGGUCCCCGGCCCUGCUGCCGCCCCAGGAGCCCGGCGCAGGCGCCCGCCCCAAGGAGCCGCCGCCGCCGCCACCCCGUCUCAAUCCCUUCUCCCAGCGCGAGGACCUGAAGGGCGGGAAGAUCAAGCUCUUCGACACACCCAGCAAGUCGGUCAUCUCGCUGACCUUCACGCUGCCGCCGCCCGCCCCCUACCAGCUGGGCACGCCCAUCACGCCCGAGCCCGUGGUGGAGGCGCAGUGCGACUUCUCCGCCCCCCUGGGGCUGACCCGCAAGUGCCGCUCGCUGCCCGCGUCCCCCGAGCCGGCCCGCCGGGGGAGCCUGGCUCUGCGGGGGGAGCCGGCCCGCGCCUGCUGCCGGGAGGAGUCCCCAGCGUGUGGGGAGGGCCCCCAGCCUCACGGCCCCUUCCCCGCUCCGAGCUGGGGGGCGGCAGGGGAGGUGGCAGGGCGCUCGCCCCUUCCCAGCCCCCCCGCGGUGGAGCAGAUGGACUGCAGCCCCGACAGCCCCGAGCCGGAGCCGGCGCCCGCCCCGCUCACCCACAGCACCUUCAUCAGCACGUCGGUGUCGGGCGCCCAGGCCUGGCCGCCGGGGCCCCCCACCGGCCUGCCCCUCAACAACAACGGCGUGGUGGUGAGCGCCCCGCCCGGCUGGGGCCGCUGCCCGGAGCGCGGCUUCUCGGAGCUCAGCAUCCCCCGCACGGGGGCCUGGGAGCGGACGGAGCACUCGAGCGCGCUGCCCCGGCACGCCUCCAGCGCCGGGCUGGAGCAGGACGAGGUGCUGGCCUGCCCCGGCUGCUGCCUGGGCCCCUUCAGCUUCAGCUUCGCCUCCGUCUGCCAUCGGCCCGCACCCAGCCCGCCCCGCUACCAGCACCUCACCUGCGAGGCCAAGAGCCUCCUCUGCCAGGACAAGCGCCCGCCCGAGCCCAGCCUCCAGCUGCCGGAGGCACAGUCCUAGUGCUGGGCAGACGGGACGAUGGACACGACCCCCUGCGCGGCUCCGGCUCCCCCCCACGGCCUGCGUUGAGCAGGGCCCGGAGCCAGCCCACACCUCGCCGGCCUGCCGGGACCCGGUUCUGUCCUGGUGAUGUGGCU